AUGAGUGAACUGCUGCUUAGUGCUGCCGAUAAAAAAGCUGAGGUUGUUCAUCAGGAAGAACAAACCGAUAUGGCCAAAUCCUCGUCUUACCAGUCGGAAGAAAUGUCUAGAGAUGUUUUACCUGAAUCUUUAAGGCACAUGACCGAGGAUGAAAUCGAGAAGUUCAUGGCCAAAACUACCCGUAGAAUGGACUACAGAAUCUUACCGAUGUUGGUCUUAAUCUAUAUCUUGAACUACUUGGACAGAAACAACAUUGCCAGUGCUAGAUUGGGUGGUUUGGAAGAGGAUCUUGGAUUGGUUGGAGCCCAGUAUCAGACCUGUAUUUCUAUCUUGUUUGUUGGUUACAUUUUGAUGCAAGUUCCAGCCAAUAUGUUUUUCAACAAAAUGGCACGGCCUUCUAUAUUCAUGGCUACUGUGAUGACGGUUUGGGGGGCCAUCAGUGCUUGUACUGGAGCUAUUCUGUCAGACCAUGGGUAUGCUGGAUUAUUGGUGGUUCGUAUAUUGAUUGGAAUCAUCGAAUCUGGAUUCUUUCCUUGUGCCUUGUUCUUCUUAUCAAAGUGGUAUAAUGCCAAAGAAUUAUCUUUGAGAACCACCAUGUUAUACUCGGGCUCGCUUUUGUCGGGGGCAUUUUCUGGGUUGAUUGCUGCUGGGAUCAUUGAUAACAUGGAUGGGGUUCGUGGGAUGCGGGCAUGGAGAUGGCUCUUCAUCAUUGAAGGAAGUAUCACCGUGACACUUGUUCCAAUGGCCUACUUCAUUCUUCCUGAUAUGCCCCACAACACCAAAUGGUUGUCACAGGAGGAGAAAGACGUGAUCAUGUGGAAGAUGAGAAGAGAUGUUGGACAAGACGAUUUGGACAAGGUUACAACAAAAAGUAACUACAGGGAGAUUCUUUUAUUGGCUCUCAAAGAUCCCAAACAAUGGACCAUCACAGCCACCUUAUCCUUCUUGGUAGCAGCAUGUGGAGUCACUAACUUCUUCCCAUCUGUGGUUGAAACCUUAAACUUUAACCGGAUAAUCACUUUGGUGCUUACAGCUCCGCCAUACCUUCUUGCGGUAGUGUCGACCUUCUUGUGGGCCAGACAUGCUGAUAAGACGGGAGAGAGAUACUUCCAUGUCACACUUCCGUUGAUCAUCUCGAUGAUAUCCUUCAUCAUCUCGGCCGCAACUAUGAACACUGGUGCCCGUUAUUUUGCCAUGUGUAUUAUGAUCCCUUCGUUAUACUGUUCCUUCACGAUCAUUUUGACGUGGAUGUCCAACUCGAUGCCCAGACCUCCCAUCAAGAGAGCCAUUAGUAUUGCAUUGAUGAACUGUCUUUCCAACUCCACCUCCAUUUGGAACUCAUACUUGUACCCACUGAGCUCUGGUCCUCAGUAUAAGGUGGCUUUUGUAUGUAACUGUGUGUUUAUCCUUCUCGCGAUGGUUUUUGCAACCUUGACGAGAUUCAGAUUGGUGCAGUUAAACAAGAGACUUGUCAACGGUACCAUGAAAUGGGAAAACGAGUUAGGAAAGGGGAACGAUGGCUCUCAUAUAUCUCUUGACUUUAGGUACUUGUAUUAG